GCGUGAGCUGCCUUACAUGCCUGGAAUAAUUCCGCUUCCGUUUGGAAAGCCGCAGCCUCAGUCCCGCCGCGCCCGCCCAGCGCCAGCUCCGCGUCCCGACCAACCGGCCCGCGGCUGUCUGCGCCACCGCCAUGGCCUCCUCCCCGCAGAAGUCGCCCUCGGUCCCCAAGUCUCCCACCCCCAAGUCGCCCCCAUCGCGGAAGAAAGAUGACUCCUUCUUGGGGAAACUCGGAGGGACACUGGCCCGGAGGAAGAAAGCCAAAGAGGUGUCUGAGCUUCAGGAGGAGGGCAUGAAUGCCAUCAACCUGCCCCUCAGCCCCAUCCCCUUCGAGCUGGACCCGGAGGACACCAUGCUGGAGGAGAAUGAAGUGCGAACAAUGGUGGAUCCAAACUCACGCAGCGACCCCAAACUCCAAGAGCUGAUGAAGGUAUUGAUUGACUGGAUUAAUGACGUGCUGGUUGGAGAAAGAAUCAUUGUGAAAGACCUGGCUGAAGAUUUAUAUGAUGGGCAAGUCCUGCAGAAGCUGUUUGAGAAACUGGAGAGUGAGAAGCUGAACGUGGCUGAGGUCACCCAGUCAGAGAUUGCGCAGAAGCAAAAGCUGCAGACUGUCCUGGAGAAGAUCAAUGAGACCCUGAAACUUCCUCCCAGAAGCAUCAAGUGGAAUGUGGACUCUGUUCAUGCCAAGAGCCUGGUAGCCAUCCUACACCUGCUGGUUGCUCUGUCCCAGUAUUUCAGGGCCCCAAUCCGACUGCCAGACCAUGUUUCCAUCCAAGUGGUUGUGGUCCAGAAACGAGAAGGAAUCCUCCAGUCUCGGCAAAUCCAAGAGGAAAUAACUGGUAACACAGAGGCUCUCUCCGGAAGGCAUGAACGUGAUGCCUUCGACACCUUGUUCGACCAUGCACCAGACAAGCUCAACGUGGUGAAAAAGACUCUCAUCACUUUUGUGAACAAGCAUCUGAAUAAACUGAACCUGGAGGUCACAGAACUGGAAACCCAGUUUGCAGAUGGGGUGUACCUGGUGCUACUCAUGGGGCUCCUGGAGGGCUACUUUGUGCCCCUGCACAGCUUCUUCCUGACCCCGGACAGCUUUGAACAGAAGGUCUUAAACGUCUCCUUUGCCUUUGAGCUCAUGCAAGACGGAGGGCUGGAAAAGCCAAAACCUCGGCCAGAAGACAUCGUCAACUGUGACCUGAAAUCCACUCUGCGAGUGUUGUACAACCUCUUCACCAAGUACCGGAACGUGGACUGAGGGACAGGCGGCACCGUCCUCCGAACCACCUUAACCUGCUUAUUCCUGCCUCCCGCUCUGUGCCGUCCCACAAAGCCCAGCCACGAUCAGACAUCCUGGGGACCAAAUUAGGAAGGAAACGAUCAGAAAUCCAGUGGGCUGACCCAUACCUCCCAAGCCCUGGGGUCGGAGCCAGCAGUGGCCUCAGAAGAUUGUCCCCAUCCUGGUGCUGGAUCCAGAUUUCCCUGUGUCUCUUGGGAACCAGCUUAGGUCCAAAAGACACCCCCCCCCCCAAAGAUGAAAAUAGAGAUAAUAGUUACCAUUUAAUGGGUAUAAACUAUGUGCCAGACAGCACACUAAGUGCUCUGAUGUACUCACAUUCAUUAGUCCUCAUGACUUCUGCUGAAGCAGGUGUAAUACACCCCUUCCCCAGACGAGGAAAAGGCUCAGAGAGGUAGAGACUUGUCAGAACUUGACAUUUGUUUUUCCUCUUGAAUAACAUACGUAUUUGUUCAUAACUAGCCAAUUAUAUCACAUUCUUUGCCUGUCCUAUAGCUGCAUGUGUAUGUGUGCACAUAUGCACACCCACCAAGACAGGCGCCCACUGACCUCGCCACCGAGCAGGCCAGGAGGGCCUAGUGAUGCACACUCAAAUUGGCAAAUUUAACCCAAUUAAUAGUGUAUGUGUGGCAGGAAUCAUGUCCCUCGGCUCCUUUGUACAAAUGAAAAUUACUCUUAAUUCCUUCAGAUUUGUAAUAACCCCCAUGCUCUGGUUUCAGGGCGACAUUUGGGGAAGGAUUCUGUUUAAAAUUAAUGGAGUGGCACAUUUUACAACCUUUUUGCUUGAUUGCACGUAAUGGAAGUGCCCCAUAUUUUACUGCAAAAUAAGUACUCAAUUCAUUAUCAUUAGGCAAAUGUACACUAUACGCCAGCACCACUGAGCGCCGGGCAGAGGCCCACGUGAGCGUGGCUUGGGAAGAAGUAGGGCUCUUCACCGGGGACCCUUGAACUUUAAAGAAAGGAACUCCUCUUUGCCUUCUAAUUGGUCAUUUAGACCAUUCCUGGCCGAGUCUGCCCACAUGCAAUUACCGGCUAAUUCAGGCGAGGAAAAAUGUAAGCCAUUCAGACCCAAGCCGAGCCGUUCCCUUGCGUGGGCUCCUGGCGGGCUGCUGGGGGCUUGCAUCCCCGCUCAGUGAACCCAGCUUGGAAACACAGGGCUCUGGUUGUCCCAGGCUGCCGGGGCCUGGGCAGCUAGGAAAGGGGCUAAAGUAGGGGUGACUAGGAGGACAAGAAGCAUGGGGUGGGGAGCAUAUUUGCACACUUCACAAUAAGGAAAUACCCUCAGACGAGGGACGGGGCUUGUGGGGUUUACAGUCUUCGUAAACUGACCAAGGCCUUGGGGUAAUUAACAACUCUUACUGGUAUGUCAUCUUCAUUAUAGAAUCUUCUCAACUAUGCCAGAUGGGCCCAGCCUGUGUGCCCGCCUCCAGAAGUCUGUGCCCAUUGCACAGAGCCCUCUUCUAGUCAAUUCAUUCUGAUCCCUGUCUACGCCACCUGGAGUUAGGCCUCCCAUACUGUCCAAAGCAUUUCCUUCCAGCUCCGAAACAUUUCCUUCCCUGCGGUCCAUCUGCAGUGGCUCAGAACCCAAACAAUUUACAGAUAAUGCACAUCCCUUUGGAUAUUGUGCUCUAAGGAAAAGAAUUGUUAAUCAGCAAUAAUGAGCAUUUGAGAUGCAAAGACAAUGUACCCUUGUGUCAAUUUAUGUGAAAAGAUACAAUUAUUUUUUACAUAAGUGGUGAAAUGUUAUGUUUUUCAUUAGGAAGUACUAAAUAGUGUAAUAUUUGUUUGUUCUCUUUUCAAUUCCUGAUAGCUAAGUCGUUGCUUUGUCUCCUUGAGCAGUACUAAAGCGGAUGAAGUAAGAGCAAUGAGUACAUGUAAACCUGCUUUGCUCUCCGAAUUCUCUCCCUUGUUUUGUCUUUUGUUUUCCUGUAUUCGAGCUGCAAACGCACACUGUAGGGUAUGUCCUUAUGAAGAGCACUCCUUUUUUGGAUUUUGCAUACACACCUCAUGAAAACAGCUUGAACACUGGGGAAGUUGAAUCACAGCUCUAACUUAUCAGACUAUUGUUUCAAGACUGAGGCCUUACACUCAGUCCAGAAUCCUAGGGCCUGGGCCUGCUUUUAUCACUCUGUCAUCUCCUUCAGCAGUUUUCCUCUAGAUUCUCCUUUCAAUACACGGCCAUGGUUUUGAAGGGGGAAAAGGUGCCAGAACAAUAAAGAAACCAAACUUAACCUUUAUCUCAAAAAAAACAACAAACGAAAAAAAACCCACAAAAACAAAACCUGAGACAAAAAGGUAGUCUCUAUAAGCUCACUCCUUUUCUUGUCUAAAUUUAAAUUCAUUGGUAUUUUUAAUAGUUACUAUAUAAAUGGUACAGAAUUCAAGAAGCAUGAGUGAGUAUCCCUGUCCCCAGCAGCCAAUACUCCUAAGAGGUUACUAUUUUGAUCCAUUUCUUAUAUUCCUUUCUAGAGAUAAUCUAGCCAUAAAAGCAUCAACUUGCAUAUAAGAUUGUCGGGAAUUUUU